CCCGCAUCCCAUCUCCGCCUGAGAGCGCUGCUUGCUGCUGGCUGCUCUUGCCGCCGCUGCACCUGUGAGUCGGUGGCCGCCUCAUCCAGACGCGCGGGGAAGCUGAUCGGUGCCUUGGGGCUGCUCCUGCGCCACGAUGGCUGGGGCCGCUGGCGGUGUCCAUCCUUCUCGGCCGGAUACAGCUGGGUGCUGGCGGUGGCUCCCUGGUGCCGAGCUCGGGCGGAGGCGCCUGCCGCUUCUCCUCCUUUCUCUGCUGUUGCUGCUUUGGGCAGGCGCCGCUACUCCGGGAGAGGAGCUGCACGCCUGCAAAGAGUCGGAAUACCAUUAUGAAUACACAGCAUGUGACAGCCAAGGCUCCAGAUGGAGAGUAGCUGUGCCACACAACCCAGGAAUCUGCACCGGCUUGCCAGACCCCAUCAAAGGCACAAAAUGCUCAUUUUCCUGCAAAGCUGGCGAAUUCUUGGACAUGAAGAACCAGUCAUGCAAACCGUGUGCAGAGGGCACGUAUUCCCUGGGCACUGGCAUCAGGUUCGACGAGUGGGAUGAGCUGCCCCAUGGUUUUGACAACAAAGCAACCAACCUUGAAAUUGAUUACAGCUUUUCAGAGUCCUUGGGAAACUGCACCCUGUCAACGUGGAGUCUUAAGGGAGAUUACAUUGCCUCCAACACAGAUGAGUGCACAGCCACUCUGGUGUAUGCUGUUAAUCUGAAGCAAUCUGGCACCGUCUCCUUUGAGUACAUCUACCAAGACAGCAGCAUCGUCUUUGAGUUCUUUAUUCAGAAUGACCAGUGCCAGCCAACUGUAGAGGAGUCACGAUGGAUGAGAACCACAGAGAAAGGGUGGGAGACACACACUGUGGAGCUGAGUCAGGGCAACAAUGUUCUGUUUUGGAGAACGACAGCCUUCUCUGUGUGGUCCAAAACUCCCAAGCCUGUGUUGGUGAGGAACAUUGAGAUUACAGGAGUAGCCUUCACUUCUGAAUGCUUUCCCUGCAAGGCAGGCACCUACACAGCCAAAUUAGGUUCUUCCUUCUGCCAGCCAUGCCCAACAAACUCCUACUCCAGCAAAGGAGCUACUUCCUGCCACCAGUGCGAGCCAGCAAUGUACUCAGAACCAGGUUCAGCAUCAUGCAAGCCACGCCCAGCUUGCACAGAUAAGGAUUAUUUUUAUACUCAUACAGCCUGUGAUACCAAUGGAGAGACUCAGUUAAUGUAUAAGUGGGCCGAACCAAAGAUCUGCAGUGAGGAUCUCCCCGGUUCUGUAGAACUGCCUGCUUCUGGCAUUAAAACGACAUGCCCACCUUGCAAUCCUGGUUUUUUCAAGACAAACACCAGUUCCUGUGAGCCCUGCCCAUACGGAUCAUAUUCAAAUGGGUCUGGUUGCAUCAACUGCACCGUUGGGACUGAACCAGCUCUAGGCUUUGAAUACAAAUGGUGGAACACGCUGCCAGCAAACAUGGAGACGACGGUCCUCAGUGGAACCAGUUUUGAAUAUAAGGGAAUGGCAGGGUGGGAAGUAGCUGGCGACUACAUCUACACAGCAGCAGGAGCCUCUGACAAUGACUUCAUGAUACUGACACUGGUGAUUCCUGGGUUCAGUUCCCCACAAUCGGUGAUGGAGGACUCCGAAAGUAAAGAGAUUGCAAGAAUCACAUUCGUCUUUGAAACGAUCUGCAGUAUGAGUUGUGAGCUUUAUUUCAUGGUGGGUGUCAAUUCCAGAACCAACACCCCUGUGGAAACCUGGAUUGGCUCGAAGGGAAAGCAAUCCUACACCUACAUCAUUGAAAAGAACGCCACCAUGAGCUUCACGUGGGCCUUCCAAAGAACAGCAUAUCAUGAGCCGGGAAGAAAAUACACCAACGAUGUUGCCAAGCUGUACUCUAUCAAUGUGACCAACGUCAUUGAAGGCGUAGCGUCAUACUGCCGGGUGUGCGCUCUGGAAUCCUCGGGCUCGUCCUGUACUUCCUGCCCACACGGCCACUACAUUGACAGAAGCUCUGGGGGCUGCUAUCCGUGUGCAGCAAACACGUACCUGAAAGCUCACCAGCCCUACGGCAGCCAGGCCUGCAUCCCUUGUGGCCCCGGCACAAAAAACAACCCGAUCCAUUCUCUUUGUUACAGUGACUGUCACCUCUCAGUCAUCGCGGACGGCAGGACUCUGGAGUAUGACUUCUCAGCACUGUCUAAUAGCACAUCCUUUUUGGUGGGGCCCAGUUUUACCACCAAAGGGCUAAAGUAUUUUCACCACUUCAACAUCAGCCUCUGUGGGAAUCAUGGAAGGAAGAUGGCAACCUGCACGGAUAAUGUCACAGAGAUGCACAUCCUGGGCAAAGAGACAGAGUUCUCCAAAUCAACUUCCUCCUAUGUGUGCCAGUCCAUCAUUGUCCCCUCUGAUGUCAUGGCUUACAAAUCAGUGGUGUCUUCACAACCCGUGAGCCUGGCAGACCGCUUUGUAGGAGUAACAAGGGAGACCACUCUGGACAACAUCACUUCUUUUCCCGACUAUUUCCCUGCAGAGAAUGUGGGCUUACCGGAUAUAAUAUUUUUUUACAGAUCCAGUGAUGUGACUCAGACUUGUAGUGCUGGGAGAGCUACUGCCAUUAGAGUGAGAUGUGAUCCUCUAAAACCCCAUUCUGGAGUGCUCUCUGUGCCGAGCAAGUGCCCUGAAGGAACCUGUGACGGAUGCACUUUCCAUUUCUUGUGGGAGACGGUUGAAGCCUGCCCCCUCUGUUCUGCAGAUGACUACCAUGCUAUCAUCAGCGCCUGUGUUGGAGGGAUUCAGAGAACCACGUAUGUAUGGAGGGAGCCCAAGCUGUGUUCGGGGGGCAUUUUGCUCCCAGAUCAAAAAGUCAGCAUUUGCAAAGCCAUGGACUUCUGGCUCAAAGUGGGCAUCUCGGCGGGGACUUGUGCUGCUAUCCUGCUGACUGCAAUGACUUGCUACUUCUGGAAGAAAAACCAGAAGUUGGAGUAUAAAUAUUCCAAGCUGGUGAUGAAUUCCAGUGCCAAGGACAGUGAGCUGCCAGCUGCUGACAGUUGUGCCAUUAUGGAGGGGGAAGAUGCAGAGGAUGACCUGAUAUUCACAAGCAAGAAUUCUCUCUUUGGCAAAAUAAGGGCUUUCACCACAAAGGCUUCUCUUAGGUACAGUCAGGCAUGGCAGGAGUCUGUGUGUAGGUCUGUUCUCAAUAAGCUAAGAGGAGGAGUCUUCCAGAGAACAUCUGAUGGCUUUGACUCGGUCCCACUGAAGACCUCCUCUGGCACCACUGACAUGGAUCUUUAGGAAUGGAUUGCCCACCUCCCACCUGCAGGAUGCUUUGGGAGUUCUCCUUGGUUAAUCCCUGCACUUUGAUGAACUUGCCAUGUGGCCUUAUUGGAUACACUUUUAACUUCAGCUUCUUACUGUACUUUUUUAAAACCGAAAAUUUUAACAUUCCCUCCCGAAACAAAACCAUGCCAAAUACAACUGUGCUUUUAAAAUUAUAUGUAGAUAUAUAUUUGUAUGUUUCCUGCGCCUACCCACUCUUCUGUACUGCUUUUGGGUUUUACCUCUUUAACAAAAGUUGUUCUAUGCUGGUGACAAUAACUGUCUUUCCUCUCUCCCCUAACACCAGAAAUGUGUAAAACAGCCCAAGAUAUCAUUGCCAUUAAUUAAUUCAGACCAUUGAGGCAGGCUCCUAAGUCUCCAAUCCUUACCUGGGGGAAGUAUAUAUGCGCAGCUGCUCUGUAAAUGUUCAUUUCAUUUUAACACCAACUUGACUUAUACUUUCUCAGUGUGCUAAAGCAGCAACGAUAUUUUGUCAAACAGUAGUGAGGCUUGCCUGCCUCAUUAAGAACCUUUCAGAAGAGAUGCAGUGUAUUGGGCUCAAAUUGCAAAGUUCUGCACUCCAGUCUCACUUUUACAGGAUGACUGUUUCUUAUGCCAGAGCAGUCUGCAAUGACUUUGCAAGUGACAAUUCCAUUAAAGGCUCCCUAAAUUCCAUCAUAGCAGAAUCUGCAUGUGGUCCAGUCUGGAAAGAGUAUACUUCAAUCAUUUAGAAAGGGUAUGAUUUAAACAUGGAAAGGAUUAUGGCCUAGAUAGAGCAGCUGGAUUUUCCUCAUCUGUUUGUAUAGCGAUGACUUAUGGAGAAAUGCUGUACAGUCUUGCAUCUUGUUUGUAGACCUUUAGUUUUAAAACAAUAAGGGAAUCAUUUAUCCCUGUGCUGACUUUCUCCAAUACUUGAAAACUCUGAUCCUAGGAUAUUGGGGCAGCGGGUGUUAUUUUUUAUGUGACUUCAGAAUUACCAUCCAGGAAAAUGUCUCCCUUUUGGCCAGGCAUCCCCAAACUUCGGCCCUCCAGAAGUUUUGGACCACAAUUCCCAUCUUCCCUGACCACUGGUCCUAUUAGCUAGGGAUCAUGAGAGUUGUAGGCCAAAACAUCUGGAGGGCCGCAGUUUGGGGAUGCCUGCUAUUGUCCGUGUCCCAUUGGAACACUUUCCUUUGGAGGAACAAAAGUAUAAUACUUUACACAGUAUCAAGAAUCAGGCAGAACUUCCAGCACAAUUAUCCUGCAUGAGCACCAGAAGAAUUAAUACUUGCUUCUUUUCAAGUUAUGUGAAUUACAGGUGUUAGAUCAGUGGCUGUGAUUAUCAAGUAUGCCAUGGCAAAUAGAGGCCGGAGAUUAACAGUCAACCAUUUCCCUGUCAGGCCCAAGGAUGAGUGGAAAAGCUUUUAGAAAAAAAGCUCUCGACCAUGAAUUACAGAAUUCAGCUUAAAGCAAAUCCAGCUCCUCAACUUUCACUGGGGAAAUAGGUAACAUGUUUAUCAUUUUAUGCAAUUUCCUAGCCUGAUCUUUAUCCAGAAAUAUCCCUUCCUACCCCUGGACAGCCCUCUGUUGUUGUUUUUUUUACAAUUCUUCCUCAUGUAAUUUUGUGAAGGCCUAGGCAUGCAAAUUUCUUAUUUGGCAAACAGUGAAGAAAUAAUUAGGUUUUGUUUUUUAUAUCCAGUGUUAUAUCCAAACACAGCCACUGAAUACAUUACAAAUGGCUGCUCCUGAAUUCAGUCAGCAUUACUGACAACUGCCAAGCCAAUGUUGACUGAUUUCAUCUCUGUUUCUUUUGGCAGGUUAAAAUAUAAAGUAUAAGCACUUCUGUCAGGGAGUUGUUGUGGCUACUCCCGAGUAAAGACGCUCCAGUCCG